AGUUGACUUCGUCGCGGACCAGACCGGACCGAACCGAACCCAUUCCGGCACGACACGCGACCCUGAAUUAGAAAAUUAUCAAAUCACGGUCUAAUUUAAUUUAAAAACUUGAAGAAUAAAUGAAAAUGUUACCCGAAAAGUGUGCACUUGCUUGGUGGAUAUUUGUGGGCCUAGUCCUGGACCUUGUGUGCGCGGAGCUGGACUUUAACAAUGAUCUGGAGAACAGCCAGAAGUUCCAGAGUAUUCCAACGACAGUGAAAACAUUCGAAAAUGACACGGUCCUGCUGCCCUGCACCUUGAACACUCCAUUCCGAUACGUGCGCUGGCACCGCGACGAUGUGGCACUGGUGGACUCUCGGCACCCGGAGAUACUGCCGCCAGAUCGCAUCAUGCUCUGGCCCAAUGGCAGCCUGCAGGUGGCUAAUGUGCAGUCGGAGGACACCGGGGACUACUACUGCGAGAUGAACUCGGACUCGGGCCAUGUGGUGCAGCAGCACGCCAUCGAGGUGCAGCUGGCGCCACGCGUCCUCAUCGAGCCCAGCGGACUGACGGAGCUGCCGAUUGGAGCCACCUUCGAGGUGGUAUGCGAGGCGCAGGGCGUGCCCCAACCGGUGGUAGACUGGCGACGGGAUGGACACAGCCUGGGCCAAGGGGCGAGCACGGGCAAUCGGCAGAGCCACAUCACGGAGAUCAAGUCGCGUAGUCAGUCGGGUCUGAUCGAGUGCUUCGCCAGCAAUGGCGUGGGAGAGCCGGCCGUGGCGGGAGUCUAUCUGCAUGUGCUGUUCUCUCCCGAGGUAAAUCUCCCUCAAUCGGUGGUGUACACCAAGCUUGGGACGCGAGCCCAUCUCGAAUGCAUUGUGGAGGCGGCGCCGGCGGCCACCGUCAAGUGGUUCCACCACGGCCUGCCCGUGGCAUUGGGCACGCACUAUUCCAGCCACGAGACCGAGCUGCAGUCCAACCGCUCUCUCGAACACUACGUGAACGGUGUCCGCCACAUGCUGGUGAUCAAGAACGUGCGCAACGCGGACAUGGGGCAGUUCGAGUGCCGGGCAAGCAACAGGAUCGGUGCAAGGAUUGCCAGCAUUGAGCUGACCGGCCGACCCAUGCCGUGCAUCUUCAAGAUCAAUCCGGGCACGCAGAGCUCCACGUCGCACGUGCUGGUGUGGCAGACGGAGAGUCUGCUGCCCAUCAUGGAGUUCAAGCUGAAGUUCCGCCAGAUCCCAUCCAACAACAUCACCAGGCAAAUACGAACCAACUGGACAGAGCUAACGAUCCCUGCUCAGGCCACAAAUGGACUCAUCUACAUCACGACGUAUACGCUUCAUGGCCUGCAGCCGGCAAGUCUCUACGAGGUCUCCGUUCUGGCGAGAAACAGUUUCGGGUGGAGCGACAACAGCAAAACUGUUCGCUUUGCCACGGGUGGAGAGGUUGAGCUGCCCAACUAUUCAACGGAAUCGGAGCUGCAGAACGAUGUCACUGAGGAGCAGGACUUCCUGAACGAAAUUACCCAGAGAUCGGACACUCUGCGAGCCAGCAUGAUGUUCAAUUCGGGCUCAGCAGCUGAAGGCCGUGGGCUCAGUAGAGCCUUGAUCUAUUCCAUCUGCCUAAUAUUAGUCCUGACAUACCAGUAAGAGUAAUUCCUAAUGCCUUUGUACUGAACUCUUUUUCCAUGUGGCAAAUAAACAAAUAUCACCAC